AUGACGGCACAGCCUAGAAGUUGGCUCCAGGAUCUGGGGAUCGCCAUCGAGGUUUUCUUUCCGGCCUUGGCCCUCCUUGUAGUCGCGCUCAGAGUGUAUAGCAGGCUGAACACCAAAACCUUCGGUUGGGAUGAUGCCUGUAUCGUUAUUGCCAUGGCCUUGAGCAUUGCUCUCGCUGUCGGCUCUAUCAUCUGCAUGAAACUCCUCUAUGUCGGGAUUCACGUCUGGGACAUACCCCUAGACGCCGACUUCGAGACGGGCAUGCUCUGGUCCUACAUCACGGGCGCCGUGUACAACCCCAUAUUAGCCAUCGUGAAGCAGUCCGUGCUCAUAUUCAUCCUGCGUUUCGGUGGCAUCAAGCGCGUCGUCCGCAUCGUGGUCUGGGUCACGGCCAUCUUCAACGCCGCCCUCAUGAUUGCCGUCUUCUUUGCCGUGCUGUUCCAGUGUAACCCCAUCGAAGGGUACUGGAAGCCGUACUUGGGGGCCCGCUGCAUCAAUUCGACCGUGUUUGCCGUCUCGACGGCUAUCUUUACUAUCCUGACAGAUCUUGUCGCCAUCGCUUUGCCUUUUUACAUUGUUCUUGGGUUAAAUCUGAGCCGCAAGAAGAAAAUUGGCUUGAUGGCAGUUUUCAUGCUGGGUAUCAUCGUCACCGUCACCGGCAUAGUCCGUCUCUACUUCCUGUACAAGUCUCUCUGGGCCAACACAGACCCAGACUUCUCCUUCUCCCUCGGCUUCGUCGUCGCCUCCAUCGAGUGCAACCUCGCCAUCAUUACCGCCUCGGCCCCUGCCCUCUGGCCUCUCGUCCGCCAUUGGGCCCCCGAGUUCAGCUCCACGCGCGACCACUACCCUCGCAACAACAAUAUCAGCAGCAGCAGCAGCGGCCAGCAAGGUUGGAAACGCAUCGUGCCAGCGGUAGUAUAUGGUACCAAGUCCGUCGGCGGCAGCUCCUACGGUCUCAAAGACAUGAAUAUCCGGGGAGAUCGUGUCCAGGGGAGGACGGAGAUCAAGAGUAAUGGGUUCACGCCUAGGGAUUCGGACGAGGAGAUGUUGACUGGAAUCGGCAUUGUGAGGACGGUGGCGGUUACGCGCGAUGAUGAAUCGAGGAGGGGGCCAAGUCAUAAGCACUUGCAUGAGCCGGGGAGGGUGGCGCAUAGGCCGCGCUUGACGAGUUCUGUUUCGUAAUUUUAAUAAGCUGAGGAAAGGGGAUACUCGUACAGCCUAAAAGCAAAGAGGAAAAACGUAACACUUGU